AUGUCAUCACUUGAGGCCAAGAUAGUGGUCCUCGGCGCUCAAGGCGUGGGCAAGACCUCCCUUGUCAUGCGGUACUGUAAAGGGGCGUUUAACCCUUCCCAAAUAACAUCUACAGUUGGCGCAAGCUUCUUGACGAAACGUGUUGUCGAUACUGAUACCGACACCAUGGUUCGACUCCAGAUUUGGGAUACAGCCGGCCAGGAAAGAUUUCGGUCUAUAUCACGGCUAUACUAUCGCGGCGCCAACGCUUGCAUCCUGUGCUAUAGCAUUACUGAUGCACAGUCAUUUGCUGAGAUGGGCGUUUGGCUCACCGAACUUCGUCGCAACUUGCCCAAUGACGUUGUUCUACACGUUGUGGGAACCAAGGCCGACAUUGUCGCGCGUGACCCUUCCGCUCGACAGGUCCCCUUUGAGCGAUGCAUUGCAUAUGUUGCCGAAAACUUGGCUCCAGGUCUAGGCAGUACGCCACCUCCGACGGCCACGCCACUUAACGGUCCUGGCUCCAUGCCAAAUGUUGAACCGCGGACUCCAAGUUCUAAGCGUAGCUCAGGAUUCUGGGCUCAGGAAGUUGGCUGGGAUGCCUGCCAUGAAAUCAGCGCCGAAAGCGGGGAGGGUGUGGAAGAAGUCUUUCGAGUUGUUGCCAGGAAAUUGGUGGAACAAAACCGCAAGAUGCAGCAAGCCCUUCUGUUGGCGACCGCAACUCCAGGCACGCCUGGUUACGAAACUGGCAUGGACGGAGGGUAUUUUGACGGCGUGAAUCCAAGAGGCAGCUUCCGUGUAGGGCGGGACAGGAGAAGCUGGCUAUUUUCGCCUGCGUUUUCUCCCGCCGUGACGAUUGACCGAACAGGAGCCACGGCACAGGAGCAGAAUCAACUUGACGAAUCCCCGAAACCUCGUCGCAGGUGUUGCUAA